ACAGUACUACUGAUAGCUAUUUUAGCUUACAGAACCCACCACAACUGCGGAACGACAGCUAGUCUAGCCAGUUUUCUGAACUAUGCCCCUUGAUGUAACAAUACAUCAUUACAUUACAUUAGCUGUGCAUGGAAGCUUGUACAGGAAUCAUCUACAGAAUCAGAGAUGAUAUCGGUAUUAACCUAACGGACCCUAUGUUUCGAGGAGUUUACAGAGGAAAUCAAAAACACCAAGGUGACUUUGAUCAGAUAAUUGACCGUGCUGUCAAAGUUGGAGUCCAAAAGUUCAUGAUCACGGGGGGAAAUCUUGAAGACAGCAAGGAGGCCCUCAAAUUAGCAGAGUCCAGAGAGGAAUUUUACAGUACGGUUGGAUGUCAUCCAACACGCUGCAGCGAGUUUGAACAGAGUGGACCAGAUCAGUACUUCACAUCACUGAGGGAGUUGGCAACAUCAAACAAGGGCAAGGUGGUGGCCAUUGGAGAAUGUGGAUUAGAUUUUGACAGGUUGGAAUUCUGUCCAAAAGAAACUCAAAUGAAGUAUUUUGAGAAGCAGUUCGACUUGGCUGAGGAAACCAAACUGCCAAUGUUCCUUCACUGCAGAAACUCACAUAAGGACUUCCUUGACAUCAUGAAGAGAAACAGAGACAGAUGUGUUGGAGGUGUGGUCCAUUCUUUUGAUGGAACUAAAGAAGAUGCUGCUGCCCUCAUUGACCUGGAUCUAUAUAUUGGCAUAAACGGCUGUUCUUUGAAAACAGGAGCAAAUAUUGAAGCGAUGAAGUCCAUUCCCAGUGAAAGACUGAUGAUUGAGACAGAUGCUCCAUGGUGUGGGGUGAAGAACACUCAUGCGGGGGCCAAGCACAUCAAAACUACAUUUCCCACCAAGAAGAAAUGGGAGGCAGGACACUGCUUGAAGGACAGGAACGAGCCUUGCCAUAUCAUACAAGUGCUUGAAAUCAUGGCUGCUGCAAGGAAUGAGGAUCCUGUGGAGAUGGCAAACAUCAUUUACAAUACCACUAUGAAAGUGUUCUUUACUGGAAGCUGAUUACUUUUCCAAAAAUACAUUUUCCCGGACCUAAUUUGAAAAUGCCUUUUGCCCUUAAGGAAGAGCAUUUCAUGCUACUCUUCAAGAGUGGUUUAUGUUUACACCAUCUGCCAACUGGCUCCAACUGCUCAUGUUAGCACUUGCUGGUGUCAAUCAGUGAAGUCCUCAGAAAUGCCUUAUCACUAACUUUGCAUGGAGAAUUUAGUUAGCAUGGCCUUAAAAUGCCUAUUUGCUCUGUUCCAUCUGACUGUGCAAUCCACUGUUUCAUCAGCCCAGGGAGGGACGUUAUAAACUUGAUCUCCACAAUAAAAAUAAUCUAGACAUUAUCUCACAUUUAUUUUAGACUAACAUUUCGUGUUCAACAGCAGAAAGCAAGGGAUAAGAACAUUGCCAGCCAGUAUGGCAAUGGAACAUUUAGAAAGAACAACUGGGUAACGUCCAUAGAUACAGAUCAAAAAGACUGAACGGCUGGGUCGUGUCUCUGGCAACCGAACCAAUAGAUCGAACGACCAGCCGACUUGGGUAGCAAACCUAGAUUUGUAUCGGGACUAUCUUGUGGAAGUGUGAAAUAGUAUGAAUUAAUUAAUCAAAAUAACGUUUUUAGUAAAAAUGUUAAUCGUUAUUUUAAUGUGUUGUAUAAAAGGGGUAAUGUCCUCGAAGCCAGCCUGAACAACACCCGUGCUAAUAUAUCCUCCAAACACCGGAUUCGAGGGCAUUAUCACUUAAGUAUAAGUAUUUUAACCUUUAUUUAACUAGGCAAGUCAGUUAAGAACAAAUUCUUAUAGACAAUGACGGCCUACUGGGGAACAGUGGGUUAAUUGCCUUGUUCAGGGGCGGAACCACAGAUUUUUACUUUGUCAGCUCAGGGAUUCGAAAGGUUACUGGCCCAACGCUCUAACCACUAGGUUACCUUUUGUAUUGAUGUAAUAGUGUAAUAAAGUAUCCUAUUUCCGA